UAUUGCUAACAAAUAUCUAUUCGGUAAUUAAAAAGAAAAGAAGUAAAAACCCGCCAAGGCGGUCUUCGUCUGUAAGAGGCAAUACAAAAACGCGCUAAUCACCAACAUCAAAUUUACUCAAACCCUAAUUGGCGAUACGAAGCGAUGGGAAAUGCUAACUGUGUAUUCUGUGGAUGCAUAGAACAAGCGAGCGUUGGUGUGGUUGAGAAAUGGGGACGUUUCGACAGGCUAGCAGAACCGGGGCUUAACUUCUUCAAUCCUUUAGCCGGCGAAUGCCUCUCUGGUAUUCUCUCCACCAGGAUCAGUUCUCUCGAUGUCAAAAUCGAGACUAAAACCAAGGACAAUGUCUUUGUUCAUUUAGUGUGCUCGAUCCAAUAUAGAGUGAUCAGGCAAAAUGCUGAUGAUGCUUUCUAUGAGUUGCAAAAUCCGAAGGAGCAGAUUCAGGCUUAUGUAUUUGAUGUUGUUCGAGCCCAUGUACCCAAAAUGAAUUUGGAUGAACUUUUCGAGCAAAAGGAUGAAGUUGCUAAGGCUGUGUUGGAGGAACUUGAGAAGGUAAAUUCGUGUCCUUAUGGUGACUGGAAAAGAAAUCCUCGCUCCAUUUUAAAUUUGGAACAGAACCUAUUCAAUGGGAAAGAGGGGAUUGGUAGGAUAGUGAGGGGUAAAGAAAGCAAAGGAGAAAACUAAUUAAUUCUCUUAUUU